UCAAAGUGAAAUUGUAUCUUUGCCAAGUCAGACUCAACCCCUCCGUCUACCGAGAAUUGAUGAAUGACAUGGGUAGUGGAAGAAACGUGGUCAGCUAUCCCACGGUCAGAAGCGAGAUCCGAACCUACAACAUCACGCAAAACGAGUUACACUAUGAAAUCACCAACCCGUUCCAGAACCGAUUACCAAACAUGCUAGUGGUGGGAUUGGUGGCUUCCACAGCCUUCAAUGGUGCCGCCGACGAGUAUCCUUUCACCUUCCAGCAAUUUAAUCUGACCAGCAUCAAACAAUUGGUGAGAGGAGAAACCUAUCCCUAUGAAACCUUGGAAUUGCUGCACACCAAUGGAAGUAGAGACCUGAGAGGCUACAGACAAUUCCUACAAACCACAGGAAGUUUGUGCAAGAGCAAAGGAAACAUGGUGAGAGCCAAAGAUUGGGGACGAGGUAAAGGAUGCACGUUGUUUGUAUUUGAGAACGCCGCCAACGGUUGCCUCAACAGUCCAGUGUUGAACCCCAAGCUGAGCGGUGAGUUGCGGUUGGUGUUCGACUUUGGAGCCGAUCAGGGUGCCAACAUCACGGCCAUCCUCUACGCCGAAUUUGAAAAUCUCUUGGAGAUCAAUAGCAACAAGACCGUGCAAUACGACGUGUACCAAGUGUAAUGGAAAAAGUCAGUUUGAACAAUGUGCAGUUGGACGUGUUGGCCAGGAGUCAACCCAGUUUGAAACCCUAUUUUUACGGCACGGUGCCUUGCGAUCGUUUACCCGAGAAACCCCACAAGAAAGGACCCAUGGGUUACAUCGUCAACACGGACCCUCAAGGCCAACCGGCAUUGGAUUGCACUAUGGACGUGUCAGGACGCUUGCGAGAUCAUGGACAGUUACGCGCUGCCCUUGGACACCUACAUGACCACGGAACCUUUACAGAGGUGGUUGGAUCAACAUUGGAAGUUCAACGUCCACAACGGCAAGAGUCUGCAAUCGCUGUACAGUCAGAGUUGCGG